AAAUCAUGGUGGUGAUCGUGAACUACCGACGAGUGUGCCUUUCAUUUGAUAAUCAACAGUGAUUAUUGAAGUUCAGCGGCUGAACACAUUAUGGCAAAGGUAGUGGCAGUGUUUGGUGCCACAGGCAUGCAAGGUGGUUCUGUUGCCAGGGCUCUCCUGAAGAACUCCAACUACAAAGUGCGAGCAAUGACCAGAAAUCCAGACAGCUCAAAAGCUAGGAAGCUUAACAAAUCAGGUGCUGAAGUUGUUAAAGCAGAUCUGGAUGAUAAGUCAAGUAUUGAUGCAGCAUUAACAGGUUGUUAUGGAGUAUUUGGUGUAACCAACUAUUGGGAGUACCUUGACAAAUCCAGGGAGAUUCAACAGGGUAGAAACCUUGCAGAUGCGGCUAAAAAUGCUGGAGUUAAACAUGUGGUUUUCAGUGGUCUUGAGAACGUGAAGUUAUUGUUUGGUAAGUCAUGCCAGCACUUUGAUGGUAAAUGGGAAAUCGAGGAGUACAUGGCAGAGAUUGGUUUGCCGUAUACAUCAGUGCGAUAUAGUGAAUAUAUGGAGAAUAUUUUGGGUGAUUUAAAACCAAUCAAAGGACCAGAUGGCGUAUACUAUUUAGACAUACCAGUGGGAGAUCACCCGAUACAUAGUAUAAGUGCAGGGGAAGCAGGAGUCGCCAUUGUGUCUGUUUUCGACAAUCCGUCUGAUUAUAUCGGUAAAAAGAUUGGACUCAGUGGAGAUCUCAGUACUUUAACAGAGACGGCAGAAGUCCUCACCAGACACCUUUCACCACUGCAGUUUAAGCCUGGAAAUAUGACAUCCGAGCAGUUUGCCAGUUUGGAUUUCCCAGGAGCCGCUGAUCUUGCAGUCAUGUUCGAAUUUUAUCAAUCUGGAAAGAUGGUGAGAGACAUCGAAUUGACCAGGAAGCUCGAUCCUAACACUAAAACUUGGGAGCAGUGGGUUGUUGCUAAUAGAGACCAACUCAUGGCUACAUUUAAACGAAUAAAAUAA